AACGGCGUAUGAACGGUGCAGAAUGUUUUGAUUAGAAUAGUACCAUAAAAAACUCAAAAAAGCAACGAAACCCUUAAAAAAAUACGCAAUGGCCGGCGCGAUUUAUGUGGUGCUGUGCUGAGUCCUCGACAUGUGUGAUAACUCGCUUGUUUUGUGUCAAUAACAGUAUUAAUUUGUGAAUUCGUUUGUAAAAAUAUGGGAUAAUAUUUACUAGAUGUUGUUAUUAGUGUUGUACGAUAGUAGGUUACUCGCUAGAUAUGUCUGCCGAUGAUAAAGACACGACAUGCCCUACAACGAGUGAAGAAACAUCUGAUAUUGUGAAAAAUAUAAACAAUAAAAUUUCCGAAGAAAAAUGUGAGAAAACGACUAAACCGCCACGAAAAGUCUCAUUUCCGAAGGAAGAACAAUUAGUGACUAAAUAUUUCGAGCCAUUCAACCCUUGGGAAGAUGUCCCUUCGACAACGAAGGCUCAACUGGCCGCGGAGUACCUUGAGGCUUGUCGUGGUCAUGCCACUCCGCCCAUAGAUUCCGUACUGCAGCAGAUACGAGAGUUACCAGAGAACGCAAUAGGCGGCGGCGCGCGUGCACCGCGGCUCACACUGGUCGAAUGCGCGUUGCGCGGCUGUGCGCCGGUCGAUGCAUUGGAAGCGCUGCUAAGAAAGGUUCAGUUCAGAAGACUGGAGUUGGAUCAUGUGGAGAUUGAUGAUGAAGGGGCGGAGGCACUAUUUGAUAUGAUAGAAUACUACGAAAGUGCGACAGUAGUGUGCGUGAUGGGACCCCGUGAAUACGGUAUCAGAGGAUGGCAGGCUACUUCUAGAAUGAUUAAGAAGAGUGCGGAGUUAACAGAAUUGGAAGUAUCAGACAGUGGUUUAGAGGCGUCACAUGCGACUGUGUUAGCGCGCUCACUCAGACCUGCCACUUGUCCGCUGAGGUCAUUGUGUUUGCAACGGACUCAGUUGUCUGGAGAGCCUUUGUUGUGUUUAGUAAUGGCACUAAAGUCGAACAACUCAGUGCGUGAGCUCCGACUAGGAGACAAUCGUCUGAGUGCGCAGGAUGCAGCUCAGCUCGCCUCACUGCUUAGACUGAACACGCGUCUGCAGCUGUUGGAUCUCUCCAAUAAUCUCAUACAGGACGCGGGUGUGGCGCAAAUAGCGGACGCGUUAGUGAAACAGUCAUCUUAUACACCACCGUCUGCCGCCACUUCACCACUCUCGCCACAUCAUUGUCCGAUUAGCGGAUACGAAUCCCGAGGUCUUGCGUUCCUGGUGUUGUGGAAUAACCAGCUGACGAGGAACUGCGCGGUUCACCUCGCCAGGAUGUUGAGAUCAUCAUCAUCUCUGUGCGUACUGAAUGUGGGUCGUAACGCACUCGGAUGUGAAGCUGUCCGUGUGCUGUCUGAGGGCGGGCUUGGAGCGCUGCUCUCACUAGGUCUGCAGGCGGCACGACUCGGUCCAGACGCGGCGAGACCGGUCGCUGCGUUACUAGCUGCUGGACAGUUACAGAGGCUGGAUUUACGUGACAAUAAACUGGGCAGUAGCGGUCUUCAAGUUAUAUUGAAUGCUCUGCAGGAAAAUACAACCAUCACACAGAUUGACCUCGAUGAUCCACCGGAGAGCAGCGUUUCCCGUUGCGAGGAGGCGGCGCUAGUGUCGAGUUUGACGCGCGACAUCCGCGCCGCCUGUCGGAGGAACGCGCCCGCUGCGGAACGUCUCCAUCGCAAGAUCAGUCUGACAUGUCACACUGCAUGCUUUGUCAGGAGUGGAGGUGUUGAGGAGGAACGUCGUGCAAGUGGGCGACUUCGCUCUCCCGCGCCUUCACCUGCGCCUUCGCCCGCAGGCAGCCCUGUACCUAACGCCAUCUCUAGAUUUUCUGUGACAAGAGUGACGCCUGACAGGGAUUCAUCAGACAGUUCCACCCCUUCAACCCCCACACGACCUACAUACUGUCCUACAUCAUCUAGAUUUAAAGUUGUACAGGUUGUGGAACCGCCACAGAUUCAAAUACAUCCCGCGAGUCAAACUAGAGGUGUGUCAAGAUUCUCUGUCACCAGAAACUAUGACAGUUCAUACAAUCCAACCCCCUCCCCCAGUUCCACAGCCUCCCCCAGCCCUGAACCCUCAACAGCAACACCCAGCCCAGAACCACACAGACAAGAACCUCAUACCCUCAUGAAGACCAGCUCUGAACCAGCUAUAUUUAAAAGAGACGCUGAUAUACCUACUAGAAAAGUUAUUCCAGCUAAAUUCUCUAUGGAACCACUAGUAGUAGGACGACUAACUGCUCUAGUAAAUAAAACUGAAUCACAAUGGGCUGAUGAACAAAAAGAUUUAAAUAAAAAUGAGGAAAAUAAAGUUCCAGAUAUAGAAAUAAAUAAGAAUGAAAAAGAAACUUCAAAUGAAAAUAAACUACCGUUACCUGAUAAUGUAGAAAUUAGUGAUAAUGAAUUUAGGAAAAUUGAAUUGAAAGAUUCUAAAACAGAAUCUGUUAAACCCACCAUUGAACCGUCUAAGACGGAAGAUCUCAGAGAAACAACAGUCAUAUCUCUCAAUUUUAAAACAAAUACUUCGAAUACUGAAAUAAUUAAAGAUGAUAAAGAUUUAGUUAAAGAUAUUAAAGAAGUUAUUAAUAUAGUUGAUGUUAAAGAUUUUAGUUUAAAUAAAGUUUCGACUGAUAAUAGUGAUAGUAAAGAAGUACAAUCUGCAAUCGCCAGUAAGGAAGUGAGAGACAGUGAUAGAAAUAUUAGUGAUAGUGUUAAAGUGGUUAAUGAAUUUGAAAAUAUAUCUCAUAGUGAGCCAGUUAAAGUAAGGGAUGGUUUAGUGUCGAAUACAGAGACGGAACAAGUUGAAAAUAUAGAAGCGAGUGAGAAGGAAACAGUUGAUGUAGAAGUUGAAUUCACAGUUAGAUGUGAAACAAUACAGAGUAAUGUAAAUAUAGAUAAUACAGCCAAAGUACAUUCUGACCAAAAUUUAAAGGAAAAUGUUGAUAAAGAUGCUGGAGAAAAUGGCGAUGUCGCGAUCAAACAUAUAGAAGAGAUAACAGAAGAUCUAGGAAAUAUAAUACAAGAAAUGCAAGUUAUGACUACUAGAAAUGUGAAAGUAAAAAGCGACAGCACACAGACAGACGUUUUAGAUAUAGAUACAAACGAUGUACCUGUUAAAGUACGAGAUGUAGUUUUAAAGAAGAAUAAAAGCGAAUCGAGUCUAGAUAGUCCAGAUCUAGAAGUAUCUAGACUUAUGAACAAGCGUUUAGCCGGUAGCGCUUUCUGUGAUAGCAGCUCUUCUUUAGAAAUAUCCGGCAGCUCCAUGGAAAGUCUGAACGCAAUGGACAAUCAGUCACAAAUAAAUCGACCUAUAAUUAUACAAGAAACUGUCGAAUGUGAAACUGAAUUAGACAGAAGAAAUGUAGGAACAUUAUCAACAGAAAGCAGUUUAGAAUCGAAUGAUAAUACCCCAGUUAAUAGUGGGUUUUUGAACACAUCUGUUAGUUCCAACGAAAGUGUAUCACCUAUUAUUUUCGGUGGUAAAAAGAUACACGGAUCUUUAUCCAGUUUGGAAGCUAGCAUGAGUUCAUUAGAAUCUGCUAAACAGGACCGAGUUAUGGUCACAUCAGCAGAUUCAGGUAUAGAGUAUUCAAUGCAAAAUCCAUCAGAAAAUAAAGAGGAUGCAUCAUCUAAUGAAGGGACACUAACACACAAUUCCAGUUUGAAAGAAACCGUCAGAAAACCUGAAAUGUUCCAAGUGCACGAAACUCUGACAUCACCGAAACGAACUUCAAGUCUUCUUGAUGUGCCGGCGUUGAAGAGUAAAGGAUUGGAUCGUAUGAGGAAGAUAUCCUGGGUCGCGCCUUCCUCCAGCUUCCAUAUACCUAGACCUGAGCCGGAGAAAAUUGAAAUCAAACUACCUUCUCAUCUGGAGAAGUUGUUAAGUCUCUUUCAGCAUCCGAGCAGUCUUUUCUCUAGAAGUAGUUCUUCUCAUAGUGAUGAUGAAAAGAAAUCCGCAUCUAACACUCCGCCUAGAAAAGACUCCUCUUUAACCAGUUCUUUUUGGUCCUGGGGAAGUGCUACUGAGAAGAACGAUAGAGAUGAUAAUGAUAGUCUUUCCGAAGCGACAGAUUCGACUCUAUCAGAAAGAGUUCAAGUUUCUUUCGUUGAUGAAUCCUUUUCAAAGAAGCUCGAUAGUAAAACACCUUCAACGGAUACUGAAAAUACUUUAAGUGAAUUCCAGUCGUAUCCGAAUCAAGGUGAAACUAGUGUAGUUGAUAGAGUUACCUAUAUAUCCACCGAUGAAAAUUUAGUACAAACAAAUCUAGAUUUAAGCGUAAAAAAUCCAAACUCCAACGGCAAUAAGCCUGGAUUAAGUGAUAAUACAGAUCUCAUGACGAGCGAUCUAAACGAAAAUGUAGAUACGAAAAAAGAAAAUAACGAAAAUGAAAUUAAAAAUGACAAAGAAUCAAAAGAGAUUCUGAACGUUAAAUUGGAUGAUCCAAAACUAGAUAUUAUCCGACCAAGAUCUUUCGCGGCCGUUCUAAAAGCAUCUGGAUCUGAAAACUCGAUGGAAAAACAACUCAGUCCAGAUUGCGGACCAUCAGUUGAUAAAUUACCUAGUAAAAUCAUAAGAGGCAUUAAAGAAAAUAUCAGCCCGGAAAAUACUUUAACAUCCAGUACGACAAAUACUAAAGCUUUGGCUAUAGAAUUAACUGAAAAACAGAAAAAAAUUACACUAUGGGAAACGAAUAAAGAAUUAGACAAAAUCAAGACUGAUUUAGCACCAAUUGCUACUGUCGAAGACUUGGGUGAUGACGUCACAGAGAAUGUUCAACUAGCGUACAUCGAUGAUGACAGAUUAGAUGACAAUAGUACAGAAAUGACACAAACAGAUUACCAAACAAAAACAACAGACAUGGAAAUUGUAGACGUUGGUAAAGAUGCAUUAUCAUAUUUAAUAUAUGAAAAUCAAGAUUACGAACAUACGGACAAAAUUGCAGAUGUAAAACAGAGUUCAUUAGCUCAAGAACUUAUAGAUGCUGAAGAUAAAGAAAAAUUACUAGAUUUAUCACCAGAAUUAGUUAUAGAUGAAGCAGUAGAAGUACCGGUGGUUAUGGCUAAAGAAAUAAUAGCAUUAAAAAGUUCACCUGUUAUACCUGAAAGAGCUAAAAUGAAAAAAUCUAAUUCCUUAGAAGAUCUAUCCCAAAGAUUGGCACAGAUAGAUAAAGAUGUACCUAAAGCGAAGGCAAUAGCAUUCAAAGUACCAGAAACUAAACCAAGAGAUAUACCAGAAAGACGAUUAAAAUUCCGAACCAGAACCGGUUCAAGUCCUAAAUCUUUACCAGAAUGUUUAAACAAACCUUGUCCGUUGACUAAAAUGGAUUCAGGUGUUGUUAAAAAAAGGAAAAAGACUUCGUGUUUAGGUAAAAUGGCUAGAGAUUCUUUACUAGCGUUGAAUAUGUCUGAAGAAGAAACUGCAGAAUUUAGAUCUUGUAAAUUGACAUCUGUUGAAAGUUUAAAAUCUUUAGAGUCGGUUUCUGAGGACGCAUCCCAAAGUGGGACAUCCAUAGAUUCUAGAUGUAAGUCUUGUCUGAGAACAUCACAGGAAAGUCUAAUGUCUUUGGAUUCUAUAAAUGAAGAUUGUCGUUGUUUUGAUAAUGUAAAAAAAGAACAAUCAAAUAGAUAAAAGAUAAAAAAAAAAAUAUUACGGUGACAAAAAUUGAAUGGCGAUUUUAUCGCUUAAUCGACUCAAAUUGCAUGUGAUUGCAAAUAAGUCGUAUUAUCCCA